GGCUCGCCUCAGCCUCAGCCUCAGCCUCACCGUACCGGAGCAGCUCUCUCUCUCUCCUCACUUUCCCUCUCCUCCCGAAAAGGCAAAGCGGAAAGGAGGCAGCAAGAGAGAGAAAGAGGCAGCACGAUACGAGUAACAACCAGGAGAGAGAAACGAGGAAAGAGAGAGGCAGAGGCACCUCCCUCCCCCUGCCGGCUUCCCCUGCUCUCCCCCUGCGCCGGUCGGCUGCAGCAGCUGCUGUCCCCUCCCCCUCCCCGAUCCCCAUGCUCUCCCUCCUCUCCUAGCCCGCCGCAACGACCAACCACCCUCCCCGCGGUUGGCUGUCCCCUUCGCCUCCGAUCCGUCUCCGGGGAUCGAUCCGCACUUCCGCACCGCGCCGAGCCUAUAUAUAACCCCCCACCAUCCCCGCGCGCCUCCCGUCCCCGAACCUUCCAGAACCUCACCGAGCUCUCUCCCCCUCCGGCAGCAGGUUCUUCGUUCCCUUCGGGAUGGCCGUAGUCGAGACCUCCGCCGACCACGUCGCCCCCGCCGCCUCCGACCACGGCGCCGCGCCGUACCGUGCCUCGUCGGAGGGGGGCGACGCGGGGGAGCGCGAGAUGCGGGAUCUGGAGGAGCUCCUCUCCAAGCUCAACCCCAUGGCGGAGGAGUUCGUCCCGCCCUCGCUCGCCGCGCACCCCAUGCCGCCGCCCCCCUACGCCGGCUACUACCCCAACGGCCCACCCGCAGCCGGCUUCGCGCCGGUCGCCUCGCCGGGCCACCGCGGGGUCGUUGGCUUCCCCGCCGCCGACGGCCGCGGCAGGAAGAAGUUUGGAGGGUACGGCGGCGGCUACCCCCACGGCGGCAAGCGGCGGGUCAACAGCCGCACCAGCCAGGCGCAGCGCGACGAGGUGAUCCGCCGGACGGUCUACGUCUCCGACAUCGAUCAUCAGGUCACCGAAGAGCAACUGGCAGCACUAUUUAUCAACGUAGGGCAGGUUGUGGACUGCCGGAUGUGUGGGGAUCCAAAUUCAGUUCUUCGUUUUGCUUUCAUAGAGUUUACUGAUGAGGAGGGUGCAAGGGCUGCUCUAAAUCUGUCAGGAACUGUGCUUGGAUAUUAUCCUGUGAGGGUUCUGCCAUCAAAAACUGCAAUUGCACCAGUCAAUCCAACGUUCCUGCCCAGGUCUGAUGAUGAGCGUGAGAUGUGUGCAAGGACCAUCUACUGCACAAACAUCGACAAGAAGGUCUCUCAGGCAGAUGUGAAACUGUUCUUCGAGUCAAUUUGUGGAGAGGUCUAUCGGCUGAGGUUGCUUGGGGACUACCAGCAUAAUACUCGCAUUGCCUUUGUGGAGUUUGUUAUGGCUGAAAGUGCUACAGCUGCUCUCAACUGCAGUGGUGUUAUACUGGGUUCCCUGCCAAUAAGGGUGAGUCCAUCUAAGACUCCCGUUCGUCCCCGUGCUCCUCGGCCAAUGAACUAGAGUUGUAGGUACAGGAGGUGCCAAUGGCACUGCUUAUAUAUAGAGAGAUCGACAUAUGUGAAAGAGAAAUUAAGAUAUGUCUUUUCUUCUAAGUUAUCCGCUCGAGUGUCUUUUUAUUGUAUCGCCGGUAAGUAUCAAGACUCGAGCGGAGGAGGGGAAAGGAAAAAUUAGAAAUGGUUGGUCGGUGUUUACCUUUUGCACAUAGAGCUUCUUAGAAGCGGGCCUGUUGCUCUUGUCCUUGAUGCAGCAAGGCGAAACUCGUGGACUUUUGUCUUUGUUAAGUUGUUGGCUGUUGUCCGUUUGCUACUUACUGGAAAGUUGCAGCAAGUCGUUUACCUGAAAAAUGAUGAGCACUUGCCAUUAUGCUGUGCCAA